CAGCACGCCGAAGGGCCUUUCGGCUUUCUCAAUCCAACAAGAGCCCAUUUCGAUCACUCGGGAUUGGCUUCGGGGCCAGCGUCUGACGAGACAGCGACACCACAGGAGAGCGGCGAUGAUGCAGAAACCAGACACGAACCGCCCAAACAAGCCUCCGGUUCAAAUGUCCCGGCCAAGAACGUUAGGUUCCUAUGGCGGUCUCGAGACAAUCGAAAGGGUCGGCAUCCUUUACUCGUCCAGGAGCCGCUUCCAGGAGAAGAGGCGCGCUUCCUAACGCCGAGGCGGACUUCGCAUCCUCGGGAGAUCUUAAAGACGGUCAUCAAGACUUUUACACAUUAUCCCAUCUGGGAUAUUUCGUGGCUGGUGGCCUUCAUCUUCACGUGGGGGAGCGUUGUUUGGGUCAUAAACGGUUUCUUCGUCUGGCUUCCGGUCGUGGCACCUUCUACCGAGUUUGACGGCGAAAUAUACUACGGCGGCGGCAUCACCGCCUUCAUUGGCGCCAUCAUCUUUUUCGAGACGGGCUCCAUUCUCCUCAUCUUCGAAGCCAUAAACGCCAACAGAUCGGGCUGCUUCGGCUGGGCCGUCGAGCAGUUAGUGGACAAGGGGAGGAGUGGCAAGCCGAGGCUUCGGGUGGUCGCAAGUCGCCAUCAUUGCCACCACCAUCACCAAAAUCGACGCAACUUUCACUGGCAAUGGUUCCCUUCCUGGCACGACCUGCGCAUACAUUACAUCCACGAAUUGGGAUUUCUCGCCGGUUCCGCGCAGCUCUUCGGUGCCACUGUUUUCGGUGUCUCUGGGUUUACCGCGUUACCAGGUAUUAACAAUCACCUCACGCCGCAAUGGCGACUCAAUGCUGCGUACUGGAUCCCUCAGGUCAUUGGCGGCAGUGGCUUCAUCGUCAGCAGCUCGUUGUACAUGUUGGAAACACAGCAGAAAUGGUGGAAGCCCGCACCUCACCUCCUGGGCUGGCACAUUGCAUUUUGGAAUCUCGUGGGAGCAUUUGGAUUUACUCUUUGCGGUGCCCUAGGAAUGGCGUACAACAAUUCUGGGGCGCAGUAUCAAGCUGGACUGGCUACAUUC